GGGGCCAGGAUUGGCGGGAGGGGGGAAUCGCUCGCGGACCGGGAAGAUGGCGGAGGCAGAGCGUGGGCUGUGCGGACAGAGUUUCCAGUUACACAGCACUCUACCUGCUUCAAACCACGCAGGUGAUCUGAACAGCAGAAACUGCUCCAACCAGCCAGCCGCCAUCUUCCCUGAACAAACCACUCAGAUCUUCCAAUCAAAAACAGAAAUUAUGUUCAGUCAUCCGGUGAAUAUUGCAGAAAAUGGCAAACGUAACAAGAAAAAGCGAAGAACCAGAGCUUCAGAUAGUUUUACUGGAAGAUUUGAAGAUUCGUACAAGUUAACAGAUGAAUGCCUGGGUGAAGGAGCCUAUGCAAAGGUUCGAAGCAGUGUGCAUCUGCACAGUGGUAAGGAAUAUGCUGUAAAGGUCAUUGAGAAAAAAAUAGAUCUGAGCCGAAGUCGGGUGUUCCGUGAGGUUGAGACUUUAUAUCAGUGUCAGGGAAAUCAGUCUCCCUGGGGCUUGCACAACUGCAGCCAAGGAGAGACACACAGGGCUUUAACAAUAUUUAGGAACAUUUUAGAACUGGUUGAAUUUUUUGAAGAUGAAGCUCAGUUUUACCUGGUGUUUGAAAAAAUGCGAGGAGGCUCAAUCCUGACUCACAUUCAGAGACAAAAGCACUUCAAUGAGAAAGAAGCGAGUAUUGUUGUGAAGGACAUUGCAUCUGCUUUGGACUUCUUGCACACCAAAGGUAUAGCACACAGAGAUCUGAAGCCGGAAAACAUCCUUUGUGAAUUUGCAGAACAGAUAUCCCCUGUGAAGAUUUGUGACUUUGACCUCGGUAGUGGGGUGAAGCUGAGCAGUGCUUGUACGCCUAUAACCACUCCUGAACUGACGACUCCAUGUGGUUCUGCAGAGUACAUGGCUCCUGAGGUGGUAGAGAUCUUCACAGAAGAAGCAUCGUUUUAUGAUAAGCGCUGUGAUUUGUGGAGCCUUGGGGUUAUUCUCUACAUCAUGCUGAGUGGAUACCCACCCUUUGUGGGGAACUGUGGGUCAAGCUGUGGAUGGGACAGAGGAGAGGCUUGUAGAGCUUGUCAGAACAUGCUCUUUGAGAGUAUUCAAGAAGGCAAAUACGAGUUCCCUGAAAAGGAUUGGGCAUGUAUAUCAGAUGGGGCAAAGGAUUUAAUUUGCAAAUUGCUGGUGCGUGAUGCAAAGUACAGAUUAAGUGCUGCACAGGUACUUGAGCACCCCUGGGUGCAGGGGAAUGCACCAGAAAGACGUCUGCCAACACCCCAGAUAUUACAAAGAAACGGGAGCACAAAAGAUCUGACUCAGUUUGCAGCAGAAGCCAUAGCCUUUAACAGGCAGCUCUCUCAACACGACGAGGAGAUGCAUGAAGAGCAGGAAGCCAUCGUCAAGGCCAUCUGUUCCAUGAGACUUUCCCCUCCCUCUAAAUCCAGGCUUGCUAAACGCAGGGCCCGCACACACGCUGAGAAAACUCUGCAGCAGGAGGUAGCAACUCCCACGACUUGUGUCGGUGAUGGAGCUGUGUGACUGCAGCAGGUUUCAGUCAUUUAAGAAGUUGGAUGGAAAACUCUUUUAACACAACUUGUGUGGUGCAGUGGUGAUCACUAUUUGCUGUGGGUUGCUAUGGUGGUGCUUGACCUCAGUCUAUUUCUAAUACCUCAAUCUGUAAUGUUUUUGUCAACCACAUGGUAUUGUUGGUCAGUUCAAGACAGCUUACAGCAAAAUUCUAAUAUUUUUUUGCACAGACAAGAAUUGAGUAAUGUUUGUAAAUCAUAUGUAAAUAGUUACAAAAGGAUCUUAACAGAUAUUUAUUUUUAUCUUUUAACAUCUGUGCAUCAUUUGAAAUGUUUUGCACAUUAAGGUCUGUUGGGACAUUAGUCAUUAAUGUAACCAAAAGGCAGUAUUUGAAGACAAGGUAACUUCGGAUUUGUACUUGAAUGAAAAGCGCAUGCCUUUGAAAAUGAUCCGAGCCAGCAGAAUGUUAAAUUCUGGAGCUCAACCAUAGUAGAUAAAGCUUGUGAACUUGAAAAGUGGAAGGAAAUGAAUCUACUUGAAAAUAGAGAGAAAGUAAAUCAAAUGCGAUCCAAUAAUGUAAGUGACUAAAAGAUAGUGAAUAAAAAGGCAGCUCAAUCCGCUCAAUACUUUCCUCAGGAAAUAUUUCACAAGAAAUUUACCGUAAUUGAUUCAGGUGCUCAGUUUAAUGCAGGGGAAAAGUGUACAUUGCCCUCCUCAUUUUAAUUUAUGUUCACUUCAUUGUGCCAACUUCAAACUUAUGUGAUAUUCAUGUUACAGACUUCAAACACUGUGUUUAUGCUGUUCCCCCACCUGUUUUGAAUUGUGAGUUAAUUGGAAUGUGGAAUAUAUUACCACAAGUGAUAAUUGAAGCCGAGUCGUUUAUGACCCAAUACUGUAUUUUUAGAACUCCGUGUGUGACUUUCUAUGGCACUCUUGCUGAUAAAAUGCCACACAAAAUGCCUACCCUUUAAAAUAAAUGAUAUGAAAUGGCAUUGCACUGCAGGCAGUGACAUGGAGAAGUGUUGUAAAAACACCUCAAAAAAUACAAUAUUUAGAGCAAAGAUUUUUUUUCUCUGAAAUCUUUGGAAGAAAUGUGCCUUCAACAAAAAUGCAAGAUUUUGUCUUCUGCUGAAUUAUUGCUAUGAUCACUGUUUCAGUGGAGCUAUCGGGGAGGGAUGAUAUAGUAGCUAACAACUCUAUUUUAAAUUGUUGACUUCAGAACAUAGAAAUAUGGACUUGGGAACCAAAUGUGUAUUCCAAUCCUGUCUGCACUUUAAUCGUGUUUCUCAGGUAGGAGAUAGUUUUACCUUCGAGUCUUCCUCAUACCUGUCACUACCUGUAAAGUAGGAAGAAGAAGAAUUUUGUAAAGAUUACACAGCCACCUUUGUUUACAGUCACUAGCACUUGCUUGUUAUUUAGCAUCUCAUAAAGAAUGAAAUCCUUGAAGCAUGAACAUUUAUGAUGUAGAGAAAGGAGAUUCAAUAAUGUUGACCAAAAGCAGAAUGUUUAUAGGAACGUUCCAAAAAAACGUUACAAGGAGGGUUUUGAAGUUGGAGGGAAAGGAAAGUAAGGUGAAGAGAUUUUGAAAGAAACUUCCACCAUGAUCAUGGAACAGAGGAAGUGGGGAAUGGACAAUAUUCAGAGGUGAUUGGGUCUUAAUUAAUUGGAAGUGAUUUUUUUUAAAUAGUAGUUGUAAGUUGAAUUUUAUGGCUUAGUGCCAGAAAAGUAGGACAGAUUCCAUGCAGAGAGCUGUAGGUACCAGCCAUAUUGUUGUAGUAUAGCACUAUGCUGAGAACAAAUUCUUAAUAACAACAAAUUGGAUUUGUUUAGCGCCUUUCACAUCAGGAGGAUGUCCCAAGGUGCUGCACAGUCAGGGAUCCGCACCUGAGCUGGUGGGUGAAGGGGAAGAGAGAGAGUAAGAGCGGGGAGGAAAUGGGACAGCUGUAGAGCGGUUUACUCUGGACUGGUUUCACACCUUCCAGUGGGUGGAGAUACAGAAGCAGCUUUAUCAAAGAUGGUGCAUAAUUUGAGGAAAAAGGUGGUGGAGAAUAUAAAAUCAGUAGAUUUACAUGAAAAAAGGCCAGAAAUGUAUACCAGCAUCUUGUUUGGUGAAUAGUGCUUCCCCAGAGAAACAAUGGUUCAAUGAAGUCCAUUUAUCUAAGACUUUUGUUUCUGUCUGUACUUAUUUUAUGAGCGAGUGAGCACCUAUGGAAAAUAGCUGCAUAAUAAAAACAAUUCAGAUUUCAA